AUGCGACUAAAUAACAACAGCUCUAGUUCAGCAUCGGUAGCAUCACGUCUGUACACGAACGGUACACGUGGGUCACAACGUGGUAGCUUUGGUAGUGAACCAGAAUUGAUGAGUUUUAGCGAUAAUGAAACAUCCAUUCAUGAAUUAAAUGAAAUUUGUAGUCAGGUAUCAUCACUUUCUAAGAAAGUUAAUGAAUUAGAAGAGGAGCGGAUGAAUUCAGCUGAAGAAAAAGCACGAUUACGAGCUGAUAAUGCCGUGCUUACCGAGCGUGUGCAUAUUUUAGAAGAGCAGUUGCAGGCUGCUGAACAAAGGUGGAAGGAAAAAUUAAUAGAAGAAAAAAGCCGUAAUCGUGAUAUUAUAUCAAGAAUGGAACGUGAAAAGCAAUUGGAAAUAGAAAGUGCUGCUUUAAAAUAUCAGAUGCUAGAAAAAGAUUGUGCUGGCUUGAGGAAAGAGAAGGAUAAAAUGCAAAAUGAUAUGCUUCAUUUACAAUUGAAUCUUGAAAGUGCACAAGAUCAACUGAUUGAAGCAAAUGCAAUGUGUGAAACAUUAGAGGAAACUCGAAUUAAAAUUGAGAGAGAUUUUAAAAGGUUUCGUGAGGAAGCACAGCAAGACAUUGAUAGUAGUUCAGAAUUGGUUGAGGAACUUUCGCGACAAACGGACGAAUUAAGGCGACAAAAAAAUGAAGCAUUGCCGAGAACAUCAGUUACUGAACAAAUAGUAUCGUUGGAAAAUGAAGUGAAUCGAUAUCGAAAAGAGAACAAAGAGUUAAAACGGCAAAUUGAAGAUUUACAAGCACAGUUAAUACAUGAUUCGAUUGAAGCUGGUCAAAAUUUGUUGAAAAAUUUUAACGAUGAUCCAAAGCUAUCAUUAGCUGACGAAUUAAGUGGCAAAGAUUCUACCGAGCUAAUGAAUGCAUUAAAAGAACAAGAAAUAUGUAAUCAAAAAUUACGGAAUUAUAUUAAUGGUAUAUUAAUGCGGGUUAUUGAAUUGCAUCCGGAAAUUUUGGAAAUUAAAGAGAAAGAUGAAAAGGAAUUAACCGAUAGCAGUUGA